UUAUAGCACAAGAGAUUAUUGUUAAUCAUAAAGGAAAGUAAAUAUGUUAUACACCUUAAAUUCGAAAUUGCUUUUAGACGUAGCAACCUCGAGAUGAGUCACUUAUCUUGUUCCUGUAGUUAGUGGCCUAGCUUCAUUGUAACAUGCAUGUUGUUGACAUGAAAAGGAGCUACAAUAUACUUGAUUGUAUCAUGCUGUCUUUGAGAUUUACAGCAUCUUGCUGUGGUGGCAGAUUUCAAUCCAAAAGAUCGGCUGUGAUGCGUUAUGCUGCAGGCUAGAAAUUAUGCCGAGUCCGUUAUUUGGAGAAGAUAUGAAUAUAACAGCAUAUGUAUCAGAAGUCACUCAUGAUAUUGGAAUUCGUUGGACUAGGAGGGACUUUAAUACUGAACGUCACAAUGAAGAUCAAAGUUUGAUGUUCUAUGGGUUACCUUUUAAGAGCGAGUUUAAACAUAAAUUCACAGAGCUGAUAGGAUCACAUACCUUCACUUUCACCAUACACAAUCUGACACAUACAGAUGUAAAUAAGACGUACAAAUUGUCGUAUGGAAUUGAUACUUGUGAAGUGAAUCUUACUUUUGUUCAUGAACCUAUCAUAAAUGACCAGUCUGCUGAAAGGAGUAGACCAUUCAAAGUUACAAUGAUUGCUGGUAUCAUAGCAACUACUGGAACAGUUUUGUGCUCAGUUUUGGUAUUGUUUGUAAUCGUGAAAAUCUGUAGAAGAAAAAGGCACGAAAGACGUAGACGAAUGAGCAAAAUAGAUGAUCCACUUACUGAGAAUGUAUCUGUACAUACAACAAUGAUAACAGAAACGUAGCAUCGACUUAUUUCAUCGCCUUGGCCAGUUUGUAAGAAGACCACAAAGUGUUCAAGUAAAAUCCCAGAGACACAUGCACAUGAUGAUUUCUGCUUUGGGACAUGCAUGUGCAUUCAACGUUAUAUUGAACAUUUGUAUAUGUAAAUAAUCACGUGAAGUAGAAUGUACAAUGCCUAAUAUAUAACGUUGGUAUUUUACUGAUUUUGUUAUGCCAUUGAACUAUAUAAAACUAUAAGACUAUUGUUAAGUUAAUCUGUCUACUAUCGUACUGCUUUAUGCAUAAUUUACUUUUAAAUGAACGAUAUCAAAUCAAAAUUUGAGGUAUAAUAUGUGCUGGAUCUAUAAUUGUUAUUUUUUAUACAUUUUAACUUGGAUAGAGCGUUGUCUUAUUCUCAUACCCCAUCUUCUUAUUUAUAAUGACAUGUCGGGCAUAUAUAUUUUUAUAUAUUUUAGAUUUUUUGGAAUGCAUUUUUAAAAGGCAUUUUAUCAGUUAUCUGUUUAUUUAUUUAUCUGACCAAUCAAUCAAUCAAUCAAUCAAUCAAUCAAUCAGUUGUCUCCUUUUUGUUAUAGCUAAAUAUUGUCACAUUAAUGACAUAAAACAUGUUAGUCAUGAGAGAUUUUGGUAUCUUUAGAAUAGUUCAGGGAAUAUUAGUUUCAUUUCAAGUGAAAACUUCCAUACAUUGCUUGUAAAAUUUCUGCAGUACUUUUGAAGAACUACUUAUAUCUGAAUAUUAUUUUUUUUUUAUUUGUAUGACAGGUCAUGUACAAUAUAUCAAAACGCAUUUUGUAAAGAUCUGAAAAUACCAGACUUUGUAAUUUGUAUACUGGAAUUCAAACUAUAUCUUAACGAACAAAUUUUCCAAAUUUCUAUAAUACGUAGGAAGUAGAAAUAAGGAAUAUAGUUUCAGGUUUUAAAUUUGGAUUUAUUGUAAACUUUCAAAACAUGUAGCAUUUAAUUAUACAUUGUUUACAGAUUCAUAAGAAAUUGAUAUGUUAACGUAAUUGAGUUUAGCUUUACAAACGUCUUUUUUUUAAGGUUUACAUAAUGACUUAUAUUAGUAUUUAUUUUGAGUGGUUUUAAAUGAACUAGUCAGUUUGUAUAUGUCAGCUGGUCUUAGACAGCUCACUCAAACAGAUUCAGCAUAGACAUUGAAAAAAUAUGCUAGUUUUACAGUCUGUUCAGUAUUAUGCCCCCCCCCCCCCUAAGCGGAGGCGGCAUAACAUUUGAUCCCUUGUCAGUUCGUACGUCCCGAAACUGGUUUCCGUUCUGGUAAUAGUUUGCCUCAACCAAAUGUUAUGAAAUGUAUGCACAAUGCUUGUUACCACAACACAAAAAUCAGAUCAAGUGCAAAUCUGUGUAGCAUUUCAUUUACCGUCCUUUAGUUAUAUGAAUGCGGAGGUAUCAUAUGUGUCCCAUGUUCACGUUCCCCGUUUAUUUGCUAUUGUUGGCUGAGUUUUAUUUCUUUAACAUGAGUUCCAAUUUAUCCCCGAAAUACAUAUACACACAUUCCUAUUAUAUUUCAUCUAUUGAUAGUUGAGUUUAUGAUUAUGUCCGUUUUAUUCAAGUAAUAAAUCUCAGGUAUAUUGACUCUUGUUUCCUGUAACCAACUUAGUUCCCGCUUUAAGAAUAUUGUUAAUAUGCAAAUUUUGUAAACGAUAUCAAUUCCAAUACUUUACAUAAACAUAUUGCAUUAAUAAACGCCCAAGGGUCCUCAAGACAUUGCUUUAGAGAUCUGAAUUUGUGUGUUUUUAAUAAGCAAGAUGUGGGUUCGUAAAAAUCAACACUGCCAUUCUGCGAUGUAGUUAGGUUUUGGAAGUUAAGAACAUUAAGUGAAACCUUAAUUUAUAAAAAAUGUCAAACAGACUUCGUUUCGACCCAUAAGAUGUUAUUGAUACUGCCGACAGCUCAAAAAAUAUUUUUUGUUAUGUGUUUCUUUCAAUUUUCCUUUUUUAUUGUUAAUAUUAUGUCGCAUGAAUUUAUGCAUGCUCAUAUCAUUAUAUGUAAUUUAUAUUGUAGUCUUCAUUUUCUUCUUGUGUAUUAACUAUGGUAAUAAAAUAUACCAAAUAAAGUAUGUGUAUACUAGUUCAUCUUCAACCAUAUGCAUUUAUAAGGAUAUGGUAUCUUUGAUAGUAAUUUAAAUGUAAUCAUUUAUUUAUGAUCAGGAUUAAUUUGUAUUUCAUCAGCAUUUAAUGGACAUUAUUGUCGAGUUAAUGUACACAAAAAUAAGCAUGUUUCUGUUGCUAAAAUUUUGCGCUUCACUGGUAAA